ACCACUUUUAAUCUGGACAACUACAGUUAUAUUAAACGUUUCAAAAAUAGUUUAAUUGUUACAAUUCCUGUAAUCGAAAGGGGAGCAACGGUGACGAACAUCCGAUAGUUUGCGAAGACAAAGUCAUCAAGAGGAUAUCCUAUCUGGCAACCUGCUGCCAAAGCGCGUCCCCUACCGGAUACUUUUAGCUCCUGGUCGCCAUUUUGAAUCAGUCGGUCGACGGUGAGGUUAGCAGCAGGACGCAACAAUCGAAUCGACUCUCGCCCCGAACUCAACUAGGGUAGACCAAGCAGACAAUGAGCGGCAGUCGGGUUUUCAUCGGCCGCCUGAGCCCCCACGCCAGAGAGAGGGAUGUGGAGAAGUUUUUCAAGGGCUUCGGACGGAUCCGUGAAAUCAACUUGAAGAACGGAUUUGGUUUUGUGGAGUUUGAUGACCACAGGGAUGCAGAUGACGCCGUGUACGAAUUGAAUGGCAAAGAGUUGUGUAGCGAGAGAGUUACCAUCGAACACGCUCGCUCCAGGAGAGGAAGGGGAGGCGGAGGAGGAGGAGGCGGCGGGGGCGGCGGCAGCUCUGGGAUGGGCCGCUUUAGCGGCUAUCGUCAAUCUCGCAGCAGUGGUUCCAGGUACGGGCCCCCUGUGCGCACGGACCACAGGCUGAUUGUUGAGAACCUGUCUUCCCGCAUCAGCUGGCAGGACCUGAAAGACCUGAUGAGAAAAGCAGGUGAGGUGACCUUUGUUGAUGCUCACAGACCCACCAAAAACGAAGGGGUUGUCGAAUUUGCUUCCCGAAGCGAUAUGAAGAACGCCAUCUCCAAGCUGGAUGGAACCGAGCUAAACGGACGCAAGAUCAAGAUCUUUGAGGACAGCAGAGGUCGCAGCAGGAGCAGGUCUCGCUCCCGCUCCCGUUCCCGCAGCUACUCCCGCAGCCGCUCCCGGAGCCGGAACCGCUCCCGGAGCCGCAGCCGUUCCCGAACGCCCAGUCGUACCCCGGAGAAGAAGGCGUCGUCGGGCGGGGGCAAGGCAGGCGACAGGUCUCCGUCGCGCUCCAAGUCCAGGUCCAAAUCCCGAUCCAGGUCCAAAUCCCGCUCCCGCUCUCGAUCUCACUCCCGUUCGCCGGCCCCCGUGCAGAACAACCAGUCCCGCUCUCGCUCCCGUUCCCGCUCAGCCUCUGCCGAGAGCAAACACUGAGAUGGAAUGCCUCUUUCUCUCUCUCUCUCUCUCUCUCUCUCUCUCUCUACCUCUGUCUCUCUCUCUCUCUCUCUCUCUUGCUCCGCCACGUGGUCAUCUGACACUCUUGCGGAGCUUCCUGUCACGCCCGUUCUUUUAAUCUUUUUAUUUUUCUAAUCCUUAGUUUAAAUGUUUUGCUGAAUUAAAGUUCAGAUGUUUUUUGUGUCCUCAAAGCUUCCAAAUUCACAAGUCCAUCAUUAUGGCAUCAAGAGAGGAUCGGCCGGGUCCGUACCCGUGACCCCGGUCCGGUUACUUCCCGGCUGUUUAGUGUUGGCGCCGCCCAAUCGAUUAGGACAGGCUCCCUCUGUGCACCUCGUGCUGCAUUCACUGCCCUCACCCAACCCCCCCUCUCCAUGUUAGAACAAGAUUUGUCAUGAUUUUGUCCAUUUCAGCAGCUGAUUGUCAUUAAACGCUCACUGCAAAA